AUGAAAGGGAAUUUUUGCCUGCUGUUUCUGCUGCUCAACGUGCAACACACGGCAUCUUCAUCCAACGGUGUUAGUGCAAGUCUCAAAGCCAAGUGGCACGCGACACCUUUCCUUUUGGAGACAAGUGAAUUUAUUGGAGAGGAUGGCAAUGAAAAAUUCUGGCAGUUUGUUGACACAGUUAAAGAGCUCACUGUGUACAAGCAAGGAGAGUCAGUGCGUUCAUACUACAACCUUAUCAUUAGGAAAGCUAACCAGUUCCUCACGGAUCUUCAAGUCAACUUGUUGAAAUUCGCUCUGUCAAUGCGCUUCUACUCGCCAGCUGUUCACGCCUUCCAGCAGAUUGCCAGUGAUGAGCCUGCACCUGAAGCUUGUUCGGCUUUUGUCUCCAUUCACGGCCAACGUACCUGCAAAACAAAGACCAUCAAGAAGCUUCUGAAGGCAGCUGCAAGCAGGCCCUAUCCGUAUUUGUACAAAUGUGAUCAUAUAUAUCCUGGGGCUAAUAAAUCAGACGUCCCGGUCGUGAUCUUGUAUGCUGAGAUUGGAACCAAAGCGUUCACCAACUUUCACACCGUGCUAACAGAAAAGGCUGAUGGAGGUGCACUCAUGUAUGUACUGCGUCAUUUUGUGGCGACUCCACAGAAGCAGAAGAUGCUUCUAUCUGGCUAUGGAGUUGAGUUAGCAAUCAAAAGCACAGAGUAUAAGGCAGUGGACGACACUCAAGUGAAAGAUUCAAAGACAAUCAUAAACGCAGAGGAAAAUGAUAACGAUGAAGUCCAAGGAUUCCUUUUUGGAACUUUGAAGAAAUCUCAUCCGGAACUCAAGGAACAACUCGGUGAACUUCGUAAGCAUUUACUGGAAAGUACCAACAACAUGGCUCCCCUUAAAGUGUGGGAGCUGCAAGACCUAAGCUUCCAAGCGGCUGCCCGGGUCCUGUCAGUGCCUAAGUUUGACGCUUUGAAACUCUUGCGAGACCUCAGUCAAAAUUUUCCAAGCAAGGCAAGAUCACUGACAAGAGUGGCUGUAAAGCACGAGAUGAGAAAAGAAAUUGAGGAGAACCAAAAGCAUCUAGGUGAGACCAUUGGUGUUCACCCAGGAGAUGGUGAGCUUUUUAUAAAUGGUCUACACAUUGAUCUGGAUGUUCACAACCCUUUCAGCAUUUUGGAGAUCCUUAGAAGUGAGGCCAGGGUCUUGGAAGGUCUUCACAACCUGGGUGUAAAAGGAGAGCAUCAGAGCACGCUGCUGAGAUUGCCUGUGAACCAUGUGGCAGACAGCUACGCCUUAGAUAUCAGACAUCCUGCUAUAAUGUGGAUGAAUGACAUUGAGAAUGACCCAAUGUACAGCAGCUGGCCAGCAGGUGUCCAGGAGCUGCUGAGAACCACUUUUCCAGGAGUCAUUCGACAGAUCCGACGGAAUUUCUUUAACUUGGUGCUUUUCUUCGAUCCAGAAGAGGAGAAAAGUGUUGAGCUGGUGAAACUCGUGGGACUCUUUUACAAACACAAGAUCCCCCUGAGAAUUGGAUAUGUGUUUGUUGUCAACGCCGAAGAUGAGAUUGAUGGCUUCUCGGAUGCGGGGGUUGCCUUUUACCGACUCCUGAAUUACAUCGCGGACGAGUAUGAUUUAUCCCAGGCCCUGAUCUCCAUGGCCUCAUUGUACAACAGAGUCAAUGAAGGAGAAACAUUGACAAUUGACACAAUCACUGCUUUCCUGAAGAGCAAAUUCCCUAAUGCCAACGCUGAACGCAUCUUUGGUGCCGAAUCAGAGUAUGAUGACAAAAGAAAGGAUGGCAUCCUCUUUUACAAAAGGAGCGGCUUGGGUGACCUUCCACUUGCGUUAUUUAACGGUGUUCCCCUGAGCCCUGAUGACAUGGAACCGGAUGAGCUGGAGAGCAUCAUCCUUCAGCGCAUAAUGGACUAUACCACUGACUUCCAGAAAGCUGUUUUCAAGGGUCAUUUGACUGAGGGAACAGAUGUGGUGGAUUACCUCAUGGAGCAACCCAAUGUGGUACCAAGAAUGAAUCCACUCAUUCUAAAUGUAGACAGGAAAUAUCUGGACUUCACUUCCUCUCCAGUUGUAAGUGACUGGGAGGACACAACUAUGUUUUCAUUCCUGGACACCAGAGACAAGACCGCUGUGAUGGCGAAGAGAAUUAAAUACUUGACUAAUCAUGACAAAGACGGGAUGAGUGCUGUUACGAUGUGGAUUGUCGGAGAUUUUCAGAAAGUCUCUGGAAGAACGUUGUUGCUUGCUGCUCUUAAACAUUUGAAGAGAGCCAGCCAAGGAGUGCGUGUGGGAGUGAUGGCUAAUCCCAGCGGAAGGCCCAGCAAAGAUAACACGGCCGUGUACCGGGCUAUCUGGGCUUCACUCCUUACCCAGAAGAAUAAAGCUGCGGUUGAGUUUGUGCAAAAACUUGCAAAAGAGCAAAGUUACCAGCUCCUCCAGCAGGGGACCAAGAUGAAGGACUUACUGCUGCAGGGCAUGGACACUGAUGCCUUUGAGAAGAAGUUUAACACGCUAGAAGUGGAUUUUGUCCGCAGUCAGCAGCUCUUUUGCCGGGAUGUCUUAAAACUGAGGGCUGGAGAGAGGGCGGUCAUCAUCAAUGGCAGGAUCCUGGGGCCACUCGAUGAGCAAGAAGAAUUCACUGCAGAAGAUUUCCAAUUGCUGGAGAAGAUUACUCGAAGCAGCUCUGCCGAGAAAGUCAAAGCUCAAGUUAAACUGAUGGGGAUGAAGCCAAAGCACGCAAGCAACCUGAUCAUGACAGUUGACGCUCUAUUAACUUCAGCCCCCAAGGGAGAGGUCCGAAGGGAAGUGAACUUUCUCAAACACAGCCACAGUGUGCUGCAGCUCUCGCCUCGUGAAAACGAGGUGUUCUAUGAUGUGGUGGCCAUUGUUGACCCGCUUACUAGGGCGGCACAGAAAAUGGCCCCCCUGCUGAUUGUACUCAGUCAAGUGGUCAACUUAAGGCUGCGCUUGUUCACCAAUUGCAGGGCCAAGUUGUCCGAGAUGCCUCUCAAGAGCUUUUACGCUUUUGUGUUGGAGUCUGAUGUCACCUUCUUGGCCAACGACACAGUGUCUGCCGGUCCGGUGGCCCGGUUCACAGAGCUUCCCGAAUCACCUCUUCUCACCCUUAAUAUGAUUACACCAGAAGGCUGGAUGGUGCAGGCCCUUCGCAGUACACAUGACUUGGAUAAUAUCCACCUGCAGGAGGUGGGCGGAACUGUGACUGCAGAGUACGAACUUGAGUAUCUCUUGCUGGAGGGCCACUGUUUCGACUUGUCGACCGGCCAGCCUCCUCGUGGAUUGCAGUUUACCCUCGGCAUGAGUCGAGAUCCCUUCAAGUAUGACACAAUUGUCAUGGCUAACCUGGGGUAUUUCCAGUUGAAAGCCAAUCCUGGUGCCUGGACACUAAGGCUGCGUGAAGGACGAUCAGAGGAUAUCUACCAGAUUUUGUCGCACGAUGGAACCGAUUCCCCAGGAGACGACGGUGAUGUUGUUGUGUUGCUGAACAGUUUCCACAGUAAGAUCAUUAAAGUUAGGGUCCAGAAAAAGGCAGAGAAAAUGAAUGAAGAUCUUUUAAGUGAAAUGAGUGAAAGCAAAGGCCUGUGGGACUCCAUAGCAAGUGUUUGGAGCACUUUUGAGAAAAGCAUCGCAGGAGGAGGCCCCAAGAAGGAUGAUGGCGAAAAAAAGAAGGUGGAUGUUCUAAACAUAUUUUCAGUCGCCUCGGGUCAUCUGUACGAGCGCUUUCUGCGGAUCAUGAUGCUGUCCGUCCUUCGCCACACCGAAACGCCCGUCAAGUUCUGGUUUCUCAAAAAUUACCUCUCCCCUUCGUUCAAGGAGACCAUCUCCCACAUGGCAGAGUCAUAUGGUUUCCAGUAUGAACUGGUCCAGUACAAGUGGCCUCGCUGGCUCCACCAGCAGACGGAGAAGCAACGUAUCAUCUGGGGCUACAAGAUCCUCUUCCUGGACGUGCUCUUCCCACUGGCUGUUGACAAGAUCAUCUUUGUGGACGCCGACCAGAUUGUCCGGGCUGAUCUGAAGGAGUUGCGAGAUCUGGACCUGGAGGGCGCGCCUUAUGGUUACACUCCUUUUUGCGACAGCCGCACUGAAAUGGAUGGCUAUCGCUUUUGGAAAAGCGGUUACUGGGCAUCACAUCUGGGAAACAGGAAGUACCACAUCAGCGCGCUUUACGUUGUAGAUUUGAAGAAGUUUCGCAAGAUCGCGGCUGGCGACAGACUGCGAGGACAGUACCAAGCUCUUAGCCAGGACCCUAACAGCCUGUCAAACCUUGACCAGGACCUUCCCAACAACAUGAUCCACCAGGUGGCCAUCAAGUCUCUUCCUCAGGAGUGGCUUUGGUGCGAGACGUGGUGUAAUGACGCCUCCAAAAUGGCAGCCAAGACAAUAGACUUGUGCAAUAAUCCCAGAACCAAAGAGCCCAAACUGACGGCGGCGGCGAGAAUUGUACCAGAGUGGAUUGGCUACGAUGACGAAAUCAAGCAGCUGCUUAAGGGGAUCCAGCAACGGGAAGACGACAUGACAUUUAGAUCAACACCGUCGCAACGUAACGAAGGCCACAAGCGUGACGAACUAUAG